UCGAGAACGCCACAAGUCUCACAGUCUGUGUCUGUGCAUGUGUGUGGUUAAUGGCGAUCAGCGUAAGGCUAUGAUUUAUGAAGCUCCCGUCGCUGCCCGAGAUCCUUGAUCGCCCCCACAGAAUCACCCGCACACAUCAUCUGGGGAGACCGCCCGGUUGAACGUUUUUGACCAAACUGGGAAGUUAUUAUCACACAAACAGUUAUUCAUUUCUGGAUUUGUUCUCUUCUUUCUCCUCUCUCCAAUAUCGGAAUAUUUCCCUGACUGGUUCCACCUGGACACCAUUUGUCUGUCGGCUGACUGUCCACGAUCCACCAUACCCAACAUGCCCGUGCUUACCACCCUGACAGCUAAUAAACCGAAGGAUAUGGAAGGAUACGUGGGCUUUGCCAACCUGCCCAAUCAAGUCUACCGGAGAUCGGUUAAGAGGGGUUUUGACUUCACACUAAUGGUUGUCGGUGAAGCAGGUCUUGGCAAGAGCACACUCAUCAACUCUCUCUUCCUGACAGACAUCUACUCCUCGGAGUACCCGGGGCCCUCGCAACGGAUGAAGAAAACGGUUCAGGUUGAAACCUCGCAGGUCACAGCCAAGGAGAACGGGGUCCAACUACGGCUCACAAUCGUUGACACGCCAGGCUUUGGAGACCAGGUCGAUAAUAGUAACUGCUGGCAGCCAAUUUUAGACCACAUAGACAGCAAGUUUGAGGAAUACCUGAAUGCCGAGGCACGGGUCAACAGACGGUCCAUCGUGGACAAGAGAGUACACUGCUGCUUAUAUUUCAUAGCUCCGUCAGGGCACGGGUUGAAGCCCCUAGACGUGGAAUUCAUGAAGAGGUUACAUGACAAGGUGAACAUCAUCCCCCUCAUCGCUAAGGCGGACACCAUGACGCCAGAGGAGUGCAGAGAAUUCAAAAAGAGGAUUAUGAAAGAAAUUGACGAGAACAAAAUCAAGAUUUACGAAUUUCCAGAUGUGGAGGAAGAGGAGGAGAGUAAAGAAAAUAAAAAGCUUCCCAUGAGGAGGAAUGGACCCAAAGACAAAGAGCACACCCCAAACAGUUUGAAGCGUGAACGAGUGCCGUUUGCUGUAGUAGGUAGCAACAUGAUCUUGGAGGUCAACGGCAAAAGGGUCAGGGGUCGUCAAUAUCCAUGGGGGGUCGCCGAAGUUGAAAACUUGGAACAUUGCGAUUUCAUCCCGCUGCGCAACAUGCUGAUCCGGACACACAUGCAGGACCUGAAGGAUGUGACGAAUAACGUCCACUAUGAGAACUUCCGAUGUCGCAAGCUGACGGCCGUGACGGCAGGCGACAGCAAGAAAGCUGCAAAUGAAGUGGCCGGUGACCCGAGGGUUGCAUCCAAGAACCCACUGGCUCAGUUUGAGGAUGAGAAGCACGAGCACGAGAUGAAGAUGAAGAAGAUGGAGAACGAAAUGGAGCAGGUCUUCGAGAUGAAGGUCAAGGAGAAGAAGAAGAAGCUAGAGGACUCGGAGAAAGAGCUUCAUCAUCGAUUGGAACAGAUGAAAAAGAGCCUCGAUCAACAGCGUCGAGAUCUGGAGGAGAAGAGACGGCAGUUUGAGAAGGAUAAACAGAUCUUUGAAGACAACCAACGCCUCCGACUUGAAUCUUCCAAGACAUUAGAUCCCAAAAAGAGCAAGAACAAGAAGACCAUAUUUUGAGGCCGGCGUCACCCUUCGUUUUAUCUUAUGCACAGUGAAUGGACUGCCGUCUAGUGCUACCCUAUCACACCCUCCCAUUAACGCCUAUCCAGCUGACACAGAGUGUUCUUCACCCCUACAGCCCUUGACAUGUGGACCAGGUCGGUCCUCCCGGACCAAAUUCAUCCUUGGUUGCGUAAUGCAGUGAUUUGCGCUCGGCAAUCAAGAGUUUUGUUGUUUGAGAGUUGACGUCUAGCACCCCUUUCCACCAACGCAAGCAGCAACCACUGUAGCUCGGAUUGUAUAUGCACACCUCUAUGAUGUCCUGGAACCUGGUUCAUGUCAUGAGUUAGUCAGGUGCCUGUGACGCUGUGACCUGAGUCACUGUGAUCAGUGCAGUGGCCUUUGGGAACGAGACAAAGGUGGUCGCUGGCAGCCAUCCUGGUGUCUCUCGUCCACGCAUCCCAAACCCAGAGUGGAGAGUCUUGAUCGUAAUAGUUGGGUGCCUGCAAUGCAGAGCCUCCACGCCAUGAUGAUCAUCUCUGCAUCCCUUGGGAAUUAGAAAUGAAUCGAAACGGAGAAGUGGGUCAUGGGUCACAGAUAUUCUCUUCCUCAAUCGCCCUCACUUUUGUUAUCCUUUUUCUAGAUGUAGGAUGACUGAAAUUAAUCUUCCAACGUGUCGUUUUAAGUUUUAGAGUCUCAUUUGAUGUGCACCCAUUAUUUGUCACAUUUCUUUUAGGGUGACAACACGUUAACUCAAGCUUAAUUUAAUGGUGACCAGUCUACAUGUAGGUACAUAUGCUUAAUCUGGAACAGUGAUAGAUAGUUGGAAUUUUCUGCGCAGCUGCAGCAGAUGGAAAGACAAAAAACUUGCUAAACCCGUCCCUCUUUUUUCCCAUUUUGGAGGGAAUUCAGAGGGUUAUAGUGUGAUGUAAUGGAAGCCCCAACACUAUAGAAGCCCCACAUCUGAUGUCACUCCGUUGCUGUGGUUACUCUGGUCUUGCAGCAAGACCUUUCACUUUUGGGCAUGAUUGGUUUCCUGACCUCCACACCAGUGCUUGACUUGGUUGUGUACCUUUGAUGGCAGAUCAGCCCCUCGGAGAAGUACCUCGUCUGCGGCGAAGUACGUACCCUCCUGUGAAGUGACAGCUGCUGAAAAACAGCAAGUGAAAGAAGCAGAGCAGAGAGGCUAAAUACUUUUUCUCUCUGUGUAUUGAUCAAGCCUGUUGACAUCAUGGGUCUUGUGUACUUGUAUUCCCUCUAAGAAGUCAAGUGUAUACAUGUAUAGUCAAAGUGAAUAUGUAUCUAUAAACUAGAGGUAUUGGUCGUGGUGUUUAUAAGGUAAGCUGUUCAAAGGCUUUUUCAGUCAUGGUUAGAAAAGAAUGAGGAAAAAAGGCGGUCUGAAACUGGUCAAAGGUCUUGCUUUUAAAUAUGCGCUAGCUUAGAUUAAGAUUCAACUGACUGGUUCAUAGGUCUCUAGCCACGUCUGAAAAUUUGUUACAUCUUGAGACGAGGUGGCCUCAAAUUCAAAUUCAUUGAUUUGUCAAUCAUUUGUGGAACAGUUGUUUUAAUUGUGAGCAGGUUUUUUUUUUACAUUGCUGCUUACGUCACCAAUGACAUGCCAUGGAUAAUUAAAAGUGCAGAUAAUUUUGACAGAGUGGUAUGCUCAUCACAUGGGAAACCAAAACUAGGAGAAUGAAAGUUCUGUUAUAUUGCCUGACAGUUGUGAGGUAUUUCAAAACCUAUGGUGCUUACAAAGAAGAUAAGUAAUAGUCGCAGGCUUCUUUGCAUAUGUGAAUAUUCACGUUCCUGUCACUGAUUCAUUUAGUUCAUCAGUUUUGACAUGGGCAAAUUUUAGUUGCGGUACAACAAUACAGUGUACAUUAAAGUCCCUAGGCAGCCGUGGGCAGGAAGGAAUAGGUUUUCUGUAGAAAAACAAGGGGAAGUAAGCAUCCAAAUGGUCAUUGUUGCCUUAGCAACAAUCAGUGUUAGAUACCAUUCAGCUAGCAGUGCAGAUACAUUUGUCGUACUUUGUUUGACAGUUUUGUAGUGCAGACACCUCAGGUGAUGAUGUUUGCACCAAAGUGGCAUGUCAGUUUAAAAAAAAAAAUUCAAAACUAAAAACCGCCCCUACAAACACAAGUUACAGCUCUGAUGACUGCCGUUUGCACGCCAUUGUAGGCAUUUCUAGAGGGAGGAACAUUGAGUCCCCUCAGUCGGGGAAGAAAUUUACAAACACCAAAGAAGUCCGUGUGUGUGGUGCUAAUGUGAGACGUUGUCAUGCUUCGGUGAGCUUGGCCAAAUGGAUAGCAUUUGAACAGGUGAACUAAAGAUUUAUUUUUGCAAAUCUGUCAAUACAGGGGGACUUUGGCGUAGAAUUCAGCAACUUCUCAUUGCAGUAGAGCUUGUAGUUGGCACUUACUAUUGUACUAGAGGCAUUGUGGACUUUAGGCCAGCUUUUUUUUGUAAAGUGGAUUACAGACCUGCCGACUCUGAAAAAGGCAACUUUAGAAAAUGUGACAAAUGGACAUUAGUUUAUUCCCAACGGUGGGUUUUUUUGUGUGUGUUUUGUAAAAAGAAAAGUGGAGUAAAUUCACAUUUUCUUUUUCUCCUCCUACCCAAGAUAAGUUUAUCGUGGGGAAAAAUGAACUUGAGAGUUUAAUUUUUAUAUUAUUUUAUGUUCUUGGACCUUGCAGACCUUUGUGCUGUGUUUGUAAUCCAAUAAGUGAGAAAAUGCUGGCCUUAUGGAAAAGUGUGUUUAACAACAAAUGAGUAAACCUCUGCAAAAGGCUUGGAUGGUCAACCUGAAUCAAUAAUCUUUUUGAAAUUAUUGAUUUUUGCAUAGUUUAAAAUCACAUACGAUAGGCAUAUAAGUAACAUUUCAUUGGUUUUAAAAGAAAAAUAAUUUUUUUUAUUUACCUCAUGAUAUUACUGCGGUGCUGUCAUACAUAGAUUGAUUAAAAAUUGAUCCAACUUCUCUGACACGUGAAGUUUGUAACUUUAGUUUGGUAUUUCCUUUCUCCUGAUGGUCCUUUGUACGCAUACAUGUACAAGACAUUCUAGUUGCUGCAUUUCUUUUUGCAAUCGUUUGUUAUGCAUUUAAUUUGCGAUCAUUGUUUGUCUUAGAAUUGUACCCUUGUUGCUGGAGGCAGAUAAUUCGUUUAUAUAACUUCCAGCCAAAAGUAAUGCUUAGCAAAAUAAUAAAGUCGUCCAAAACCAUGUGCAUAGUGCUUCUGACGUUUUACAAAGCCUGUAGUUAUAAAGGCAGUGCCCACAUUCAGUUUCAGUUGCAAGGUCACGCUUCAUGCACAUGCGUGUUCGAAGCGGAAUUUACGGCGGAUCCCUUUGAGCACUAUCACCGUUAAUCUUAGGGAAUCGACUUUGCUGGUCGCACAUGUGUAGAUGUGGACUGGCCACAGUGAAAGUAUAUUUGGACAGUGCUUAAUAUUGAUUUGUGUAUGAUUUAUUUCAACAGUAAGGUGACCCAGCUUGUCUUGUGACCAAUGGCUCCAAGCUUUCGUCACUAGCAGUGUAUUUAUACAGGGUCCCGUUAGUUUAUGUUUUUGUACAAACAUCAUGUUAAUUUUUUUUUUGUAAUCGUUAAUUUCCAAACUUAUUCAUACAAAUUUUUAAUAAAUUACUUCAGUUUUCCUCAGAUCAUGUGUCUUAUUAUUAUAUUUCCCUGAUGUAAAAAUAUGUUGAAUAACAUACUCUAUUCAUAUUUUGUAAUAUUGACAUAGCAUAGGGGUUGAGCCUGAUUAAUAGAUAUAUAGUAUUUAGAGUUUGACCUUUUUUCAUCGCCAGGGCUUUGCUUGAACUCUUUCUCUUUUUUUCCAGCCGCUAUAGUAUGAUGUCAGCUGUUGUGUAAGAUUUAUACAUGUUUUGUUUCCACGUGUCCUCCACUUGAGCCUUGUGAGGAGUUUAAAGUGGAAGAUUUUGUGUGUGGAAAGUGCAGGUCUUUAAGUGCUGCUUUGUGACCAAAUCAAGCCUUGAUUAGCUACUUGGCCUGUCACAAAAAGAGUAAACGACUGUGGCAAUAAGGAUGUUUCCAGGCACUGUAAAUCUAGGGACAAAUUAAAAAAAAAAGACUUACACUCGCGCUGUUAUGCAACACUUACAUGAAAUAUUUUUUUGUUAUAAUUCCUUUUGUAAAUUUAUUUUCUGUAUUUUAUUUAACAUGUGUUAACCAUCAAUUUUUUUAGUUCAAAAAGGCUCGAAUAGGGGCUGAGAAUCUGUGUAUCAACCUGCAUUGCAUCAGGACCGUAAACAAGGCUAUGAAGCCAGUUUAUUUCAGAGAUCGAGGAAAUGAGCAAUAUUUCUCUUUACUACAGCGUCUUCAACUGAUUAAGCAAAGAGAAGACAACUCAUUCAUUUUGGCUCAUGUUGAAUUUGUCCACUGAAAUUUGCCAAGCCACAGUAACUGUGUGAAUACAGGACGUGAAAGGCAUGGCUGCUGUUAGCCAAUCAGGGAAUAUAAUGGCAGUGUUGUGGGCUGUGAUUGGUCCAUCUUGGGUUUUCAUCUUGGGUCAGCUUGAAUUCUGUAUGGAUGCUCUCCUAGCAAAUGUCGCAAAAUUUUGCAUAAGGCAAAAGUCGGGCAGGGACUAGUCACACAUCUUUCGCAUGAAAUUCUUGCUAGUGACCAAAUUUUGCUAAGCAAAUGGUCUGUGUGCUUAGCAGCUGUUUGAUAUUGGUCCCAAGUAUCAUCUGGAAAAGGUUUUGAAAGAAACGUUUUUUUCGAGGGGACCAUCAGUUUGUAGAUAUGAGAAACAUGUUACUUUCAAGUAUAUCUGCAUCUGUUAAAUCUUUUUCUAGUAUGGUAAGCUGAGGAAAGUUCAGAUAUAAAUUCAAUUGCGGCAAACAUAAAUGAUGUGUUGACCGUUGAAUUUGGCCUUUGAAAUGAAAUGGGGAUACAAAUCUUAAAAUGAACAAAAACACGUCAACUAAAUGUAGAAAUAAUGAAUAGCCUACCUGUUGGUCAGUUUUACACAAUUCUCAUUUCAAACAAAUCUCAAUGUUAUUUCUGGCUUAGUGGUGUGAAAAAAACUUAGUGCCUCUAUCUGUUUUUACGGUUGGAGAAAUACCGUAGCUGUCUUCGUUGUGGUAGCCAAACAAGAAAAAAACUCUGUGUGCUUUAUAUAGCCAGAAUGCUGAUGUAAAUGUGAGUGUACAUUAUUUUAGUCUCGUCAUAGACAAUGUAAGGACACUCGUUAGGGUAGAAUAGGUCAUUGUGCUUCAUAUAUAUUGUGUACAGUGCGUGCUUUUUUUUUGUAACUUGAAAGUAAAAAAAAUGAAAUAAUGGAUCACUUCCAUGUUAAUAAAUUGAGUGUGUUAUUCCUCUUCAAUAUUCUUUAAUUAGGAAGCUUUUUAUUUCUCUGCAAACCUCAAAUUCCAGACUAUUUCUUUGUCAUGGCAUUUGUCAAGGGUUGCUAUAUGUCGUAAAGAAUUUCUACUUAUAUUUAACAAAAACCUAACUGUUUAGUUACUGAAAGAUAUCCUCAGCGACUAUGCUUAAAAAAUUGUAACAAUAGGAAAAAAACAGUGUCUCAGAUGUGAAAGUUAAUCUCUGAGAAAGCUUUUACAAUAAUGUAAUAAAUCUGAAAAGAGAACCAAA